AUGUCAAUUGCCCACGAAGCAUCCUGUAUCUUUUGCAAAAUUAUCAAGGGUGAAAUCCCAUCUUUCAAGCUCCUCGAGACCAAAUAUUCCUAUUCAUUCUUGGACAUCCAGCCAACUUCCAAAGGCCACCUAUUGGUGAUUCCGAAGUACCACGGAGCCAUGCUACACAACAUCCCAGACGAGUACCUGGCUGACAUUCUGCCAGUGACCAAAAAAUUGGUCAAAGCUCUUGGCCUGGAAGUCACCACUCCCGACGAAGAUGGCUACAACGUUCUGCAGAACAAUGGCCGGAUUGCUCACCAGGUGGUCGACCAUGUGCACUUUCACCUGAUCCCAAAGCGGGACCCAGAGACGGGACUUGUUAUCGGCUGGCCAGCAAGAAAUGCAGACAUGGGUGAGCUUUCCGAGUUUGCCAAGGAGCUCACAGCAAAACUGGCCUAA